UUUCAAAUUUCAGUUAUUGCCGUUUUCACUUCUGAUUGUUUUUUUAAUUCUUUUAUCUUAGCAGCCAGGGUCACUCUGAUGUUUUCUAUGCUUUUCUUAAGCCAGUGAAUGUCCUUAUGAUCAUUACUUUAAGGUCUCCAUCAGGCAUACUACUUAUGUCUGUUUUGAUUAGAUCUCUGACCAUGCGAUCUUUUCUUGUUUUCUUUGGUAUGAUUUCCUCCAUCUUGGCAUUUUGUCUAAGUCUCGGUCUUCUCUGUGUUGGAAAAGCCUGUUGUUUUUCCUGCUCGUGAGAGUAAUGGCUUUAUGGGGGAGAGGUCAUUUAGUGUGCAGGGCCUGGCGCUUCAGGGAAUGUUUCUGGUGUGUGCUGCCUGCAUACUGCUGCUGUGUUUUGGCUGCUCUAUCCUUCAGGCCAGUGGUCUACAGAGGCUCUCCUUGCUUGCAGUGGGCAGUUUUUGGACCUUGGCCAGAGUGUGGUAAGUUUUAACUAGGUGUGUUCUGAUCUGUUUAUUGAAUCAGACCUGAUACUACUUCCACAAGUACUGAAGCCUUGCAGAACUCUCUGGUUGGUAGACCUCAUAUGUGUCGGGUUUGUGCUGAUCUUUGGGGAAUGGGCCCACUCUGCUGGUACCGGGCGGGUGUUGGUGUAAGCAGGUUAGGCAGCCAGAGUUGGUGCUGUGCUGUUUACUAUAGGUUGUUCUGUGCUUAUGCUAAGUGGGGGGAGGGAAAGGGAAAUGGUACCAGCCAGCUCCUUUGUCCCUGGAGACCCCUCUCCUGCACUUGCUGUGCUCUCAGGGAAGCACUCUCAAGGACAAACAAUUUCCCCUUGUUUUUCCCAGAUGUUUUUCAUGCUGUCUGUCUCGGGUUGCUUGCCUGCCUAGACAAGUGCAGUGCACUUUGGGAUCUAUCCCAGCCAAGCCUGCUGACUUUUGAAACAUCAGACUUCAGGGAUGUGCUGUGGCAGGGGCCUGUGCUGGUCUUUUGAGGUAGAGUUUCACUGUGCUGGGAUAGGUACAGGUUUGACUUAGAAGGGCAGUUGUGCACAGAGCACAGGGAUAUGGGAUUAGGAGCAAAGCAGGCUAAACAGCCAGUGUCUGAUUUAGCUGCCCUUAGCAGGUGUCUCUGUGCCUAUAUGAGGGGCAGGGGAAGGAAAUGGCACCUGCCAGCUGUUUUGUCCCCAGAGAGGCAUCUCUCUGAAUACCCCCUCCCACGGAUGCACUCCUAGAAGAACGAAUAGUUUCUCCCCCUGUGCCUUAAGUGAUCUGUAGAUCGUGUCUUCUACCCUGGGGUUGUUUGCCUUCUUUCCAGGUUUAUGGCAGUGCUUUCAGGGGUCUCUCCCAGCCAAGCCUGCAGACCUUUAAAACUCUGGUCUUUGAGCCCUGCUAACUUGCAAAACUCAUGAAAAUCAGCCCCUCUCGUUUUCUCAGCCAGUGGCUCCAGUGUUCUCCUUGUGUGUAUCCCUGUAUGCUCCACCCUCUCUUGCCUUGCUCCAGGACCAGGGCUCCCUUCUCUCUGUAGCACCAGCAAUUGCUUUCUCCCCCAAACCAUGUUUCUGUACUUCCUAUCUUUCUUCCUUCCUCAAUGUGGCUUCAUUUCUCCCUCUAUUGUGCAGUUUGUUCUGUCAGUCCUCAGGUCGAUUUCUUGGGUAUUCGGAAUGAUUUGAUAGUUAUCUAGUUGUAUUCGAGGGACGAGACAAGCUUAAGGUCCUCCUACUAUGCUGUCAUCUUAGCUCCCCCACUAGCUAUGUUCUCUUUAAAUGCAAAAGGAACAUUUACAAAAAAUUUCAUAUGCUAGGCCAUGAAAUAAGUCAACAUAAAUUUCAAAGGAUUCAAAUCAUACAGGGUAUAUUUUCUGAACAUAGCAGAAUUAAAUUUAAAAUUAACAAAAACAUAUCUGGAAAGUCAGCAAAUAUUUAGAGAUUACUUCUAGACAACUCAGGUCAAAAAGAAACUAACAGGUGAAAUUUGAAGAUGUUUUGAGCCUAAUUAAAAUGAAAACACAUCAGAAUUUAUAAAAUUAAAGUAGUGGUUAGAAGAAAUACUGUAGUCUUAAAUGCUUAUGUUAGAAAAGAACAAGGUUUAAAAACAGUGAUCCAACCUUUCAACUUAAACUAUAGAAAGAACAAAGUAAAACUCAAAGUAAAAGGAAGGAAACAAUAGGGAGUAGAAAUCAAGGAAACAGAAAAUAGACAAAGGGGGAAAAAUUAUACCAAUGGCUCAUUCUUCUAAGAGAUCUAAGAAUUGGUAAACCCUUAUCUAGACUGAUGAAAAAAAAGAAUACAAAUUAACAAUACUGGGAAUGAAAGAAGGGACAUCUCUACAGAGCCUACAGAUAGUAAGAAGCUAUUAAAGGAUUAUUAUGAACAACAUUACACCAAUAAAUUUGACAACUUGGUUGAAAUUCUCAAAUCUCUUGAAACAAAUUACAAAACAGACACAAGAGAAAGAAUCUCUGACUAGCCCUAUAUGUUUAACAUUUUUUAUAUUUGUAACUAACAAUCUUACUGCCAAGAAAACCCUAGAGUUAAAUGACUUCAGUGGUAAAAUCCAUGACACAUUUAAGAAAGAAAUAAUCCCAUCUCAUACAAGCUGAGAAAAUAGAGGAAGAGAUAAUACUUAUAGUUCAUUUUAAGAAACAUGCAAACCUUAUCAAAAUCAGACAUUAAUACUGUUUGGAAAAAAAAUAGAGAGUAUUCCUCAUGAACAUAGAUGUAAGAUUCUCAACAAAAAAUUAGGCUAUCAAAUCCAGCAAUAUUUUAAACUAUAAUAUGACUAGAUAGGAUUUAUCCCAAGAAUGCAAAGUUGGUUUAAUAUUUAAGUAUCAAUCAGUGUAAUUCACCAUAGGAUCAUCUUAAUAGAUGAAGAAAAUCAUUUGGUUACAUUCAGUACCCAUUCAUGAUUUAAGGAAAACCCACAAAAUUCAGUGCAUUAGGAACAGAUGCAAACUUUCUCAACCCAAGGAAAUUAAGUAUUAUGCAUUACAGGAGGAAACAAGCUAUUAGGUUAAGAACUAUUUCUGUAUCUGAUAAAGGUGUUUAUUGGAUGAGAUAAAUAAGAUGUGAUCACAAGAUGAUACAAAUAUACAGAAACAUUUAAAGAUGAUACAAAUAUACAGAAACAUUUAAAGGAAUUUACAGAGAAUUAUAAUUCAUGAGUGAAUUUAACAAUUUCUCAGGGCAAAUGGUCAGUAUUCAAAAAUCACAACAAAUGGAAGGGGAAAUUUUGAAGUGCAUUUUCAAUAAUAUAAAAAUACAAUUCUUAUGGAUAAAUUUAAUGAGAGAUAUACAAUAUCUGUACACUGCAAACUGUAAAACUUGCUGAGGGAAAGGAAUCCAAAUAAAUGAACCAACUUUAAGGAUUAGAAGACUUAAAAUUAAGAGAUAAAUUCUCUCCAAAUUAAGCAGUAGAGUUAAUGCAAUACAAAUGAAAAUACCAGGAGGUGUUUUUGUAAAAAUUUAGAAACUUAUGUGGAAAUGCAAAGUACCCAAAAAAGCCAAACUGUCUUGAAAAAGAACAAUAUUGGAGAACUUGCACUGCCUAAUUUGAAGACUUAACUAUAUAGCUAUAGUAAAAUUCAAGCAGUAUGAUAUUCUUAUGCAUCUUGAGAAUGAAAUUUAGACUUCAUGGUUCUUUGCGUUAGCCAGCAUUUUAAAGUUACUUCAAUAGCAAGUGUUUUUUAAACUUAAAUCUGUACUGGAUAAUGUAGGAGGAGACAAGCGAAAUUAGGUGCAGGACCUUUUAAGUAUUUGAUAUAUAUUGGGUAAGAUAAAUAUGUUUUUACAGAAUGAGAUUUAUCUCCAUAAAUGUCAUUCACAAUAAAUAAGUGUAUCUUUAAUGUGCUAUGCUAGGUAGUUUUUCCCUUCUGUAUUUUUGUUUUCAUAUUUUCCCUAAUGACUACACAUUAAAUUUAUAAUAGAGCUAAUAAACUCGCUUUUAAAUUGAGGCUUUUAGAACAUAAGAUUCGUUUUACAACCAGGUACUGUAGGAGUUCGAGACAACUGAAUUUUGUUGAAUGGACAGGAUUUGAGUGUGAGAAAGUGAGAGGACAUUACACAUGGAGGACACCUCAUUUAUUCAGCACCUGAAUCUACAUGCAGUUAUAGCAGUGAAUAAAACAGAAAUCCAAGCCCUCAUGGACCUUAUGUUCUAGUCAGGAGAGGCAGAUAAUAAACAUAAAUAAUAAAAAUAUAUACUAUCUUACAGAGUGAUAAAUGCCAAAAAGUAAAAUAAAACAGGAAGGGGACAUAGGGAGCAAAGGGUAGAGGACUACAAUUACAAAUAAGGGUCCCCAGCAAAGAUCUCUAUUGAGAAGCAGACAGUUUAUUAUAAAUUAGAGGGCAUGAGGGUAUUUAGGAGGAAAGUAUUUCAGAUAGAGGAAACAAGUAAAAUAUAUGAGGCCAGCACAUGUGAGCUGUAUUAGAAGAAAAACAGGGAGACUGGUAUGGCUGGAGUAGAUAUAAUAAGUUAAUAAAGGAAAAUUUGGCAGGGGGAGACAAAUGAUAGAGCCUUGUAGGCAAUUUUAAGAAUAUUACCUUUUAUUUGAAAUGAUAGGGAAAGACACUGCUGAGAUUUUUGAGCAAAGGAGUGACAUGUCCUGAUUUAGGUUUUAAUGAUAUUAUUCUGUGGAUGGUUUCAAGGAUAAAUGAAGGGAUGUGAGAGAAGUAAAGAGACCAGUUAGGGGCUCAUUGCAGUAAUUCAGGCAUGAAUAAUGGUGGCUUAAAUCAAGUUGGUAACAUUGGAGGUGAUAAGAAAUAGAUUGGUAUAAAUCUUGAAGGAAACAAGAUUUGCUGGCAGAUCAGAUAUGGAGGGGCAGUGUGAAACAAAAAGAGUUGAGAAUGACCCAGAGUUUUUGGCUGAACAACUAGAAGGAUUGAAAUGCUGUUAUCUAAGAUGGGGGAAAAUGUAAGAAGAAUAUAUUUGGAGGAGAUUAAUAAUUUAGUUUCAGACAGGUUUGAUUUAAGGUGCAUGUUAGAUAUCCCCAAGUAUAGUUAGGAUGCGAUUGGAUUUUAAGUUUAGAGUUCAAGAGAAAGAGGUCCAGUCUGGAGAUAAUAACUUGAAGCUUGCCAGUAUAUGGAUGUAUUUAAAGCCAUGAGAUUGGAUGAGAUCACUAUGGAGUCAAGAUAUGAAAGAAGAGACCUAAGGACUGAGGCCUGAGUCACUACCUUAUUGAGAUGGGGGGUGGGGUGCCUGGGUUGGUUAAGCAUCUGACUUUAGCUCAGGUAAUGAUCUGUUCAUGAGUUCAAGUCCUGUUCUGGGCUCUGUGCUGACAGCUAGGAGCCUGGAGCCUGCUUUGGAUUCUGUGUCUCCCUCUCUCUGCCCCUUUCCUGCUCACACUCUGUCUCUGUCUCUCUCUCAAAAAUAAAGUAAACAUUAAAAAAAAAAACAAAACAUGGGGGAGAUGAGAAGGAAACAGCAGGAGACUAAAAAGAAGUAGCCAGUGAGGUAAGAGGAGAACCAGGAUAAUAUGUUGUCAAGGAAUCCGAACAAAUCAUUUCAAAGAGGAAGAAGUGAUCUAUGUCAAAUCCUGUUGAUAGUUCAUAUAAGAUGAGGAUUGAGAAUUGGCCAUUAGAUUCCUUGGUGACUUGAUAAUUUUGGAGGAGUGUUGAAGUGAAAGUGUGAUUGGAGUGGGUGUAAGAGUGUAUGGAAGUUGAGAAAUUGGAGACAGCAAGUACUGUAUAGGCAGUUGAUUUUAGUGAGUUACACUAUAGAGAUGUGGAGAAAGAUGUGCUCACUAGGGGUAAAGUUGGUGUCAAAAGAGUUGUUUUUAUUUUUUAAGGGAGAAUAAUAUAUUUUUAUACUAGCAAGAAUGAUCUGGUAGAGAGCGAGAAACAACAAUGCAAGAAAAAAGUGAGUAGAAUUGCUGGAGUGAUGUACUUGAGAAGGCAGAAGGGGAUGGGUUUCAGAGCACAAAUGGAGAGUUUGGCUUUUUUUUAAGAUCAGCUCUGUGUUGGGAAUCACCAAGACCAUCCCCAGGCUUGAUAAUUGUCCAGAAGGAUUCAUAGGAUUCAGCAUGUACUUGUACUCAUGGUUAUGAUUUAUUACAAUGAAAGGAUACAAAGCAAAAUCAAUAAAGAAAAGGUGCAUGGGGUGAAGUCCAGAGGAAGCCAGGUACAAGCCUCCAAAUGUCCUUAAAGGGGAGUAACACUGGAUCCAUUUAAUUCAUACAGCAAUGAAUUGUGAUGUGUGAAGUGUUGUCUGUGAGAGAAGCUCAUGAGAAGUUCAGUGCCCAUAGUAUUUACUGGGGGCUGGCCAUGUAAAGACCCUGUGCCUAGCGUGUACUAAAAUCCCAACCAGAAGGACAGCAGGUGUGCAGUAUAAACUGUAUUAUUUGCAAAACAGUUUCAGCAUAGUGAGCCAUUCUUCCAUUUAGGAAAUUAUGGGAAAAUCCAGGAAUCUAAGGUUCCAGACUGUAUCCCAGAAUCAACUUAUAUGCAGUCCAUUAUAAGGAUAACAGUCUCAGGCUUACUGUGUUAAUUCUUUUCUGUAAAAAGCCCAAUUUAUUCAUAGUUAUGAGAGAAGGCAUAGAUGAAGGAUUAGUGUGGAGAGUGAUAAGCAAAAGUUUGGCAGUGAAACUAAGGAUACUAUAUGGAGACAAAAGAUUUUUGUAAAAGCAAUGCUUAUUUUAAAAAUAAAAUAUGUAAUUGUCAGUGAAUAAAUAUUUUGGAAUGCUGGUUUCUUUUUCAACCCAAGUGCACAAUAGAGAAGUAACUUGAUAAGAUAUAUCAAUAUGAUGAGGUAUCAUAUUGUUAUGGCAACCAUAAUUGUUCUGAAUUUUUGUGAUGUUUUCAGUUUCAAAUAAAUGAUCUAAAAUCUAAUAUUUUGGAAUAAACCAAAUAUAAUUACACCUUUUACAUCCAAUGUAACAAAUGGUAAGACAUGAUAUGGUAGAUGAAGAGUUCUGAUUUUGGUUCAGAAAACCAAAGCAUAGCCGUUAAAAAUAUUAGGCAGGAUACAAAAUGGUAGCAUAUACCAGUUAUAAGUAAAUGAAAAUAUAUUUCUGUAUCUUAUGCAAGUUUAUGUAAGUAGUUUAAUUUUCUAUUUUUCUAUAAAAUUGCUCAUAUAGAGAGGUAAGUAUUUGGAAUUUUUGUUAUGAUAAGCCUUCAUUAUGCCUUGGUGAUUUUUUUUUUUUUUUAAUAGGGUCAAGAAUUUGCUCCAAAAAGUGUGGCAAUAAUUGGUCACUCUAUGGGUGGCCUUGUUGCAAGAGCAUUGCUUACAUUGAAAAAUUUUAAACAAGAUCUGAUAAAUCUUCUUAUUACACAAGCUACACCUCAUGUUGCUCCUGUGUUGCCAUUGGAUCGUUUCAUAACAGAUUUUUAUAUGACUGUAAACAACUAUUGGAUUCUAAAUGCUAGACACAUAAAUUUAACCACACUUUCUGUAGCUGGAGGAUUCCGGGAUUACCAAGUUCGUUCAGGACUGACUUUUCUUCCAAAAUUAAGCCAUCAUACCAGUGCCUUAUCUGUUGUGAGUUCAGCAGUGCCUAAGACCUGGGUCUCAACAGACCACCUCUCCAUUGUGUGGUGUAAGCAAUUGCAAUUGACUACAAUUCGAGCAUUCUUUGAUCUUAUUGAUGCUGAUACUAAACAAAUAACUCAAAAUCCCAAGAAGAAAUUGUCAGUUUUGAAUCACCACUUUAUAAGACAUCCAGCAAAACACUUUGAGGAAAAUCCAGCAAUAAUUUCUGACUUAACAGGGACAUCUAUGUGGGUUCCAGUAAAAGUGUCCAAAUGGACCUAUGUGGCUUAUAAUGAAUCUGAUAAGAUAUAUUUUACAUUUCCUCUUGCAAAUCAUAGAAAAAUCUACACUCAUGUAUAUUGUCAGAGCACCAUGCUGGAUACAAAUAGUUGGAUAUUUGGCUGCAUAAACAGCACUUCUAUGUGCCGGCAAGGGAUUGAUUUAUCGUGGAAAGCUGAACUGCUGCCAACAAUUAAGGUAAAUUAUGGCUUUAGAAUUUUAAUAUCCAGUGGAAAAAAAUACUAAAAAGACUUGCGUCUAUAGGCAUUUUAGAGUAUGGUCUUCUAUGAAUUCAUCUAAGUAUUAAGUAAACUUGAGAUUUGCUAACAUAAAUUUUAGAAAUAUUUUCUCUGGUAAUAUAUUUAAUGGAGAAUAACAUUAAUUUUUUUUUUUUUACUUUCAGAGGUAAAAACUGUAAGUUAACACUUUUCUAAAUAAAAUUUAGGGAUGCCUGGGUUGCUCAGUCAGUUAAGCGUCUGGGUUAAGCAUCUGACUUCGGCUUAGGUCAUGAUCUCACGGUUUGUGGGUUUUAGCCCCUCGCCUGGCUCUGUGCUGACAGCUCAGAGCCUGGAGCCUGCUUCAGAUUCUGUGUCUGCCCCUCCCCCACUUGCACUCUGUCUCUCUCUCUCUGUUUCUCCCCCUCAAAAAUAAAUAAUAAAAAAAAAUUAAUAAAAUUAAAUUUGUAUAUUAUAGCAUCAUACCAAGAGCUAGAUAAAUUUUUAAAAUUGAAUUUGAGAGUAUGUUUGGAAUGGUCUAUCUUAAAAUAGAAGCUGAGUAGUAGUUUGAGUUUUGGAGAGGACUUACAGUAGGGAAGUGAGCAUCUUAAAGAGGUGCAAAGUAAUUUUCCAGAUCAACUUCAACAUCACUUUGUGAUCAAGCACUUGGAUAACUCUACUUUAUCUAGUACUCCAU